UUUCAGUGACUCGGUUGUGGCGCUGCCUCUCUAUUGCUUUUAGGUCUCCGGCCGGCGUCUUGCUCUCCGGCUCUCGUCUCCGGCGGGCCUUUCGCCGGAGAGGUCACCGGCGCUAUAAGACGGCAAACUUCGUCAAUAUGGCAUCCGCUUCCGCACCUGAAAAAGCAACACAAGCAGCAUCAGAGAGGUUGGAAAAAGCAUAUGCAGCAUUCCAAGAGAGAGUGAAGAGGACAGUGUACCUUGAUAAUAUAUCCCCACAGGUAAACAUUCCAGUUAUCAGGACAGCACUUGGGCAGUUUGGCAAUGUUGUCAAUGUUGAAUUCAUUCUCAACUACACUAUACCAUUUGAUAUUCCACAAUGUGCCUUGGUGGAGAUGGAGAAUGAGAAGGAAGCGGCGGCAGUCAUCUCUGAGAUGAAGAAUUUUCCAUUCAUGAUUUUGGGAAUGCCAAGACCUGCCAGAGCAUUACCUGCCAAGCCCGAGAUGUUUGCCGACCGUCCUUCACCACCUAACCGCAAGAUACAGCUCCGAUGGGUGAAACCCUCAGACCCUGAGUUUGAGGUGGGGAAAAAGUUGAAGCAUCUAGUGAAGCGCCACCGAGCUGAGACUAAUGCUAUGAUUGAGUUCCAACUGGCUGAGGAAGAGAAGCUCGCGAAACAACAAUCGGAGCAGCUCAAAACAAACUAUAAGAAGUAUGAGAUGAUAGAGAACAUCAUGCACGAUGGAACUGCUGCUCGACUGGCGCGCUAUUAUGGCGUGAAUUUAGGUGAUGACUGAACUGUCCAGUGAUUCUAGGCUUACAUUUUCCUCUGAUGAUAGAACACCAUGCAGAUAGUUGACACUAAAUGAUCUGAUGUUUUUUUCUGUCUGUGCUUGGGGCUAUAUUGUCACCGGGAAACUCUAAUUUGCCCAAGUUUUGCUGAUCUCUUA